GAAGUGAUGCAAACUCUGUGUUGCCAUGUGAGUUUCACGGUCUCCCUUCCUGGCUACCCGGCGUGGAGCGAGUGAGCUUCAGGCUUUGGUGGGGGACGGCUGCCGGGAGGGGGCGUGGCCCCGGCUUUUCACGCUCACGCGCGGCUGCUAGCGAGGGCAGAAAGAUGGGCAAGAAGAACAAGAAAGAGAAGAAGGGAAAGGGGGCCGAGAAAACCGCAGCCAAGAUGGAGAGGAAAGUCUCCAAGCGCUCCAGGAAAGAGGAGGAGGACCUGGAGGCUCUGAUAGCACAAUUUCAGACGUUAGAUGCCAAAAAGACCCAGAUCAUAGAGACGCCGUGCUCUCCACCCUCACCCAGGUUAAAUGCCUCCCUGUCUCCUCAUCCCGAGAAAGACGAAUUAAUCCUUUUUGGAGGUGAAUAUUUCAAUGGCCAAAAAACUUUUCUAUACAAUGAAUUGUAUGUCUACAAUAUUAGAAAGAACACCUGGACAAAAGUUGAAAUCCCCAACCCACCCCCAAGGCGCUGUGCUCAUCAGGCAGCAGUGGUCCCUCAGGGAGGCGGACAGCUGUGGGUAUUUGGAGGAGAAUUUGCCUCUCCUGAUGGAGAACAGUUCUACCACUAUAAAGAUCUCUGGGUCCUGCAUUUGGCCACCAGGACUUGGGAACAAAUCAAGGCACCAGGGGGGCCUUCGGGCAGGAGUGGACAUCGAAUGGUGCCUUGGAAGAGACAGCUAAUCAUUUUUGGGGGAUUCCAUGAGAGUACAAGGGAUUACAUCUACUACAAUGAUGUGUAUGCCUUUAGCCUGGACACGUAUACGUGGAGCAAGCUCUCCCCAUCAGGGGCAGGGCCCUCCCCAAGAUCUGGCUGUCAGCUGUCCGUCUCCUCGGAGGGCACCAUCAUCAUCUACGGUGGCUACUCCAAACAGGAGUGAAGAAGGACGUUUGACAGGGGGAGACUCUGCACUCGGGACAUGUUCCUGCUGAAAUGUGAGGAAGGCAAGGAAGAAGAAAAGUGGAUGUGGACUCGUGUCAACCCCUCGGGAGUUAAGCCCACUCCCAGGUCUGGUUUCUCUGUGGCCGUGGCUCCCAGUGGGCGGACGCUGCUUUUUGGGGGCGUUUGUGAUGAAGAAGAGGAGGAGAGCCUCGAGGGUGACUUCUUCAAUGACCUACAUUUCUAUGACCUCACCAAGAACCGCUGGUUUGCAGGACAGCUGAAGGGCCCCAGAGCAGAGAAGAAGAAGCGCAGGCGAGGCAAAAAACCAGAGCCCGAGAGUGUGGAGAACCCAGAGGAAGCGGAGACCAAGGCCCAGGAGCCGCAGGAGGAGGUCAAGGAGGUGGUGGCCGAGGACGGGACGGUGAUGACCAUCAAACAAGUGAUCCCUGUCCCAGGGGCGUCGGCAGCAUCCGAGUCUGAGGAGGACGAGGCUUCCGACGAGGCCAGCGGCCCUUUGGUGGAGCCCUGUCCUCGCUCUAAUGCCAUGCUGGCCGUCAAGCAGGGGAUGCUCUACGUGUAUGGGGGCAUGUUUGAGGCUGGGGACCGCCAGGUCACCCUCAGCGAUUUCUACUGCAUCGAUCUGCACAAGCUGGAAGAAUGGAAGGUCCUGGUAGAGAUGGAUCCCAAAACUCAGGAAUGGUUGGAGGAAAGUGACUCGGAAGAUGGAGAUGAAGCAGAAGGAGCAGAAGGGGGAGAGGAGGAAGAGGCAGAAGAGGAAACAGAGGAGGAGAGUGAAGAGGAUGAAGAAGGUGAUCAGCACCCGGCAGUUGAGCCUAAUGAAAAAUACACUGACUAUCUACCUCGCACUGAAGAGUAUUGGGUGAAGGUCGCCCGGAACAACAUGGGGCCCGAUGCGAAGGAGAAGAAGGUGAUGAGAGUAGCCCACGCCAUGGCCAAGACUUUCUAUGAUGAUUCUGUUUAAGGACACAGCCGGUGUUUGCUUCUCAGAACGGGCAAGAUACAGUUGGAGUCAUUAACGUGAUUGGCCAUGUUGCUUCUUUGUGAGCUGGGCUCACGGCUAAUCGUGGGAAGACCAGCCCUUCUGGGUCACUCAGCUGCAUUUCCCCAGGAGCGGGUGGGGUCAGGGCGGUGUGUGGAGCCGGAGUAGGAGCAGACACCUCUGCUGGCCUGAGAGCCAGACCUCAUCCAUAAAGCAUUGGGAAGCACUCCUCAGGAGGAGCUCCCCCCAUAGAGACAAGAAGCAUGUCCUGGAGGACAUGGUUACUCUCCAUGGAGAGCCAGAGGUUUCAGCACAUUUCACCUGUGAACCCUCAAGGAGCAGACCCAGGGUGGGCCAGACUCUUUGCAUUGUUUACAAAAUAAAGCCUUUUGUUUGGUUUGCUCUGGGCA